AUGUCUGCCGACGAGAACGGAAGCCCUGGUGCCCAAGAGAAGCCCGAGGGUGGCCAGAGCGAGCAUCUUAACAUCAAGGUCACCGACAAUAAUAACGAGGUCUUCUUCAAGAUCAAGCGUACCACCGCCCUGAAGAAGUUGAUGGAUGCCUUCUGCGAGAGACAAGGCAAGGCACCUACAUCUGUUCGCUUCCUCUUCGAUGGAAGUCGCGUUCAGCCCACAGAUAGCCCGGAUACGGUAAGGAUUCCAUCUCCUUUUGUGGUUCAUGCCAACUGGCCCAUACUGGCUGGCGCUCUUGCGCUUCAAUCCAGAUCAGAAGCUGAUGUUAUUCUUUGCAAUAGUUGGACAUGCAAGACGGAGACACCCUGGAGGUUCAUCAAGAGCAGAUUGGUGGCGCGAUGUGAACGGAUCUCCGGCUACGAAAUGCGAAAACAUGGUGUUCGAUAA